AUGCCCGUGAAGAAGAAGCGCAAAUCCUCGGGGCAGGCGGGGGACGAGACGGGCCUCAAGAAGUGCAAAAUCAGCAGCUACUGCAGGUCUCAAGCUUCUAGUAAAGUGAUAAGCGGUGAGGAGCAUUUUUCAAGCAAGAAGUGCCUGGCUUGGUUUUAUGAAUAUGCAGGUGAGGAUGAAGUGGUAGGGCCAGAAGGAAUGGAGAAAUUCUGUGAGGACAUUGGCGUUGAACCUGAAAAUAUUAUUAUGCUAGUUUUAGCCUGGAAACUGGAGGCUGAAAGCAUGGGAUUUUUUACAAAGGAAGAAUGGUUAAAGGGGAUGACCUCAUUACAAUGUGACUGCACAGAAAAGCUGCAGAGUAAAUUUGAUUUUUUGCGCUCGCAACUGAAUGAUAUUUCAACAUUUAAGAAUAUCUACAGAUAUGCCUUUGAUUUUGCAAGGGAUAAAGACCAGAGAAGUCUGGAUAUUGACACUGCAAAAUCUAUGUUAGCUCUUCUGCUUGGAAGAACGUGGCCUCUGUUUUCAAUAUUUUACCAAUACUUGGAGCAGUCAAAAUACAGAGUAAUUAACAAAGAUCAGUGGUACAAUGUGUUAGAAUUCAGCAGAACUGUCCAUGCAGAUCUUAGCAACUAUGAUGAAGAUGGGGCAUGGCCUGUUCUUCUUGAUGAAUUUGUGGAGUGGCAAAAGGUUUGCCAAGCAUCAUAGCAAGAGCAGCUUUGAAGAAGGUGCUGGAUCUUGUGAUGUUGCAAAAACUGAGUCAAAACCAAGGGUUGCGUUCACAUCCUUAUGAACUUUAGUCAUUUUUUCCCCUUUUAUUUUUAAAGGAAGCCUUGUUACAUGUGAAAUGGGCAUUGAACCACACCUCAUCU